AUGGUUGACUGGAAGUUUUGCUGUUGUUAAAGUCUACCAUUAGAGUGCAUCUACAGAAAUAAAAUGAAUUCUAAAUAUCUUGGUCUCCUGUUGAUCUUUGGUUUAUUAUUCACAUUAGCACAAUGUGGACGCUUAACACAACGUAAUGAUGAUGAUGACAGUAGUGACAACGAUGAAACUGUGGUUCGUAGUAUUAAUGACGAUGAUAGUGACAGUGAUGAAGCUGUUGUUCGUAACAUUGAAGAUGCUGAUGAAACAGAUGACGAAUCUUUACGUGAAGAAAAACGAGCUAUUCACGAAUUUCUUCAAGGUGAAGAAGAAGCAAGCGAAUUUCUUGAUCAAUCUCGUCGACUCUUUACAUCUGACACUAAAAGUCACAUGAAGGAUGCCAAAAAGAAAUAUGAAGAAAACUGUGAACGUCUUCUCCAUCCACGAUAUUGUCCUGAUCUUGCCACAUGGCCUGCUUGGAAUCAAGCUUGGAGUGCCGCAACUGGCAAGAAAUAG